AAUGGUCUUGGUGUGUCAGUGUCAGUUGUGGUGAUCCCGCCCCUUCCUGCGAAUCUUUAUAGCACUCUAACAUACACCCCGGCGUGUAAAGGGAAUCUAGUACUGAGUAUGGCAUAGUGUUUGAGAGAUUUGUAUGCGAUCUAACGAUGGCGGGACCAGGGGGCGUCCUAUAUACACAGAAGGAAUUCAGAAGCAAGAAGAGGGAAGUGUUUGAAGAUAUACUGGAAGAACGUCGGCAAUCCAGUGAUCUGAGAUAUGCAAUGAAAUGUUACACACCGGUUAUAUAUAAGAACCUCACUCCAUGCAAGCCAAGUGCCAUUAAGACUAUGGUUCUACAGUCUGAUCAACUGCAAUAUGUGAUCAAACAGUUAUCUCUGGAAUCUGGUGAGCUACCUGAAGUUAUUCAGGAUCAAGCAGUUGAAAUCCUGGAUGAAAUGGGUCACAAUUUACAGCUUGGUGCUGUCCGCUUGUUUGCCCUGAGCUUAAGCAAGAUCUUUAAAAGACUUUUCCGCAAAGUGUGUGUGAAUGAGGAAGGUAUCCAUAAAUUGACGCAAGCCAUUCAUGAACACCCAGUUGUACUGCUGCCCAGUCAUCGAAGCUACAUUGACUUUUUGAUGCUAUCUUAUAUACUGUACACAUAUGACUUGGCUCUUCCUGUCAUAGCUUCUGGAAUGGAUUUCAUGGGUAUGAAAAUUGUUGGAGAACUGUUGCGAAUGUCUGGCGCCUUCUUUAUGCGGCGCACAUUCCGAGGAAACAAGCUGUACUGGGCAGUGUUUGCUGAAUAUGUGAAAGCUAUGCUCCGGACUGGAUAUGCGCCAGUAGAAUUCUUUGUUGAAGGUCAAAGAAGCAGAACAUGCAAGACUUUAAAUCCAAAGUUUGGUCUUUUGAAUGUUGUGAUGGAGCCGUUCUUUAAAGGGGAAGUUUUUGACACGUACCUAAUUCCCAUCAGCAUCAGCUAUGAGAGGGUCCUUGAAGAAUCUCUCUAUUCAUAUGAGCUUCUUGGAGUGCCAAAACCAAAAGAAUCCACAUCUGGUUUGCUGAAGGCCAGAAGAGUUCUAAGUGAUAACUUUGGAAAUAUUCACGUAUCCUUUGGUCAGCCUAUGUCACUGAGGUCUCUGGCUACUGGGAGAAUAAACCGUUCCCAGUACAAUCUUAUACCCAGGCAUCUUCCCCAGCGACCUACAGAGGAUAUGCAGUCUUUCGUUUCUGAUGUGGCCUAUAAAGUAGAACUUCACCAAAUAGCCAACAUGGUACUGAGUCCUGGAGUCUUGAUAGCAGCCAUUUUGUUGCAGAAUUUGUCAGGGAUUUCCUAUAAUGUUUUAGUCGAAAAGACCCUUUGGUUGAAAGAUUUAAUAGGAGCAUUUGGAGGAUGUCUUGACUGGCCAGAUAACCUGUCUGCUAGCAGAGUGGUCCGCUACAGCCUUGAUCUCCACUCAAACUUUGUAGACCUGGUUGAUGGGCAGGUGUUUUUAGCUGAGCACAGACACACUGGUGUGCUGACUGAAGAGCUGGUGUUCAAACGAGCAGUCCCUGUUCUCACGUGUGCCUCCUACAGAAACCAGAUGUUAAAUGCGUGUGUGCGGCCCGCACUGGUGGUCCUUGCAAGUAAUGUUGCUCAGAGUGUAAGAAAAGACGACGUUUACAAAUCAUUUUAUUUCAUGAGGAAUAUUUUUUCAAAGGAAUUCAUAUUUUUCCCUGGUUUUGAAGAGAAGGAUUUUGAAGAAGGUUGCUUUCUGCUGGCACAGUGUGAUAUCAUUCAAGCAACAUCUCAUGAAAUUGUGAUUACUGAGAAAGGAAGCUCUGCCGCCCUGUUUUUAUCAAGAAUGUUCCAGCCCUUUCUUGAAGGCUACCAGUUAGCGUGCAUGUAUCUAGCAAAAGAAGUUUCUGACACGUUUACGGAAAAGCAGCACGUUACUCAAAUGAGAAGUUUUAUUUCUCAGUGUAUUGUAGGAGGGGACACCAAAUGUUAUGAAGCGUUAUCAUCUGAUAUGCAAAAAAACACACUUUCUUCCUUUGUACAACAAGGAAUUGUAAAGUGUAUUAAAACGGCUACCGAGAUUAGUUAUGUGGUAGACAAGAAAGCAACGAAGGAAGCUGCAGAGCAACUUGGACUGCUGUUACCAACAGAAACUGUCCCAUUGUCCCGGCUUUAGUAAUCCAGAAAGUGCUGGGCCAAUUCACUACUUCAGCUGUUUUCUUCAUACUGUGGUUCCACCUUUGACAGCAGUCAUCAUUAAAAGUCAAAGGAACUUUUUUUAGAAUGCCACAGUACAACCAUUUUGACUGUUUUAUAGCUACGGUUUUCUUGGGCAUUUCAUCCAAGCACAUUCAAAAGCUAUGAAAGUCAUUUCUUUAUUGAACAAAAAUAUCACCAUUUUGCAACCCCUGUGUCAUUGUGAACAGGAAGAUUCUCUCAAUGAAAAUUUUGCAAUGCCAAUGAAACAGAGUCUUGAACAAUUUUUUUUUUUCCGUGCGAUGUACAACAAUUGUUUUCUGUUUGUUUUUUUAAAUGAUAAACCCAUCUAUUAAGUUAAGGGAUUAAUUGCACUUAAAAUAUGUUACAUUAUUUACCAAGAGUGGUUGUAAUAAAACUCAAAAUAGUACUUAUACAAAUAAAAUACUAAAGCAGUAAUAAACAAGAAUUAAAAAUAUUUGCACUGUUGGAGCAAAAAUCAAUAUGCCAUGGGCUGAACAGGUCAACCCUAAACUGUACUGAAAUAUAACAGCUCAGGUUUUUGCUACCGUUACAAGAUUUCCCAAAAUGCAUUUUCCUGUCAGCAAUCCCUGUUUGAUAUGCUGCUUUAUGUUUCUUCAUUUCCUUUGUCUUUGUAAAAACUGUUGUUUGGAAAACCAUAAAAUAUGAAAGCUAAAUAAAAAGAAAUACGUUUGUUCUUAA